CAGCAAAUAUUAAGGUAUUGGCUUCUUCAUAUCCUUAGAAUUGAAGAACUUAAAAUCAAUGGCGAGAGUGACGAAGAGAGCUGUUCUUGUGGGUUGCACCUACAACAAGACCCGAUUCAGCUUGUACGGAUGCAUAAACGAUGUGAGGAAAAUGAAUGACUUGAUCGUCAACCGUCUUGGUUUUCGUAAAGAGAAUGUCAAGGUCCUGACCGAUGAGCCGUUACCGGAGCUUACAUCGGCUGUUCCUACGGCCGCCGACAUCAGGGAUGCGCUUUCCGAAAUGGUGGAAACUGCUGGAGCAGGAGAUGUGCUGUUUUUCUAUUUCAGCGGCCAUGGAACUGCGAUUCCGGUCUAUGUUCCCGGCCGGCCUUACCGGGAAGAGAAAGCCAUCGUGUCUUGUGAUUUGGAUCUCAUCACCGGAAUUGAGUUGAGGCGUCUAGUUGACAAACUAACGGGUGGUGCGACGUUGACAAUGGCGAUAGAUUCCAGCUACAGCGGCGGUCUCAUCGCCGGAGGGAAAGAACAAGUCGGAUCCAACACAAUGAUUCCAUUUCCUACAUCAUAUGCGAGACUGAUCAGGAAGAGCAUCGAUUAUAACGCCAUUCGUGAUAUCAGAAGCAAAGCAUCAUAUCCGUUUUCGUUUCCGUGGCCGACCGACCAAGAGACAGAUUCGAGUCCGCCGCAAGACGGUGGGAUUUUGCUCAGCGGGUGUGAUGCGAACGAGACAUCAUUCGACUUGGUCGGAGGAGGAGAAGCGUAUGGGGCGUUCACCAAUACGGUGUUGACAGUGAUCGGAAAACGUCGGGAUUGUCCGGCGAAUGCAAGGCUUGUGUAUGAAGCUAGAGAGAAAUUAAAGGAGGAUGGGAUUGGAGUUGAGCAGAACCCUUGCCUUUACUGCAGCAACGCCAAUGUAAAUGCACCUUUCUUGGGUGGCUUUGUUAAUAUUGAAUUGUGAUUGCGGUCACAUUGGGCUAUUCAAAUUACAGUUGCAGUCGUAUUUUCGAUUUCGUCACAUUUAUCAUGAUUCCAGAUAUAACGAGCACUCUUGAUUUUAUAUGUUCACAUGAAUAAAAACAUGUUCUAUAUGUUCA